CGGCGGCUCCCAGCGCACCUCCCUUCAGUGGCCUGGCCCGAAGGUGGAGAGAUUGGGAUGAGACGGAAAGGAGAGCGGUCGCGGUGGUCUGGGAUGAGAGCGGGGGUUAUGAAGAAGAAGGCGAAGGUGAAAUCUCUGGUAGCAGGGAAGGAGCUACCGCAGAAGAGGGCCUAUGACACAGACUCCGGCAGGCACCAAUCAGAUAAGGAAAAGGGGAAGGAAAAGCUGGAGGAAGACGAGGCCUCGGCAGCCAGUACCAUGGCCGUUUCCGCCUCCCUCAUGCCGCCCAUCUGGGACAAAACCAUCCCAUAUGAUGGCGAGUCUUUCCACCUGGAGUACAUGGACCUGGACGAGUUCCUGCUGGAGAAUGGCAUCCCUGCCAGCCCCACUCACCUGGCCCAGAACCUACUGCUGCCUGUGGCCGAGCUGGAAGGGAAGGAGUCGGCCAGCUCUUCCACAGCGUCCCCACCGUCCUCUUCCACCGCCGUCUUUCAGCCCUCCGAAACCGUGUCCAGCACAGAAUCCUCCCUGGAAAAAGAGAGGGAAACACCCAGUCCCAUCGACCCCAACUGUGUGGAGGUAGACGUGAACUUCAAUCCCGACCCUGCAGACCUGGUCCUCUCCAGCGUGCCAGGCGGGGAGCUCUUCAACCCUCGGAAGCACAAGUUUGCGGAGGAGGACCUGAAGCCCCAGCCCAUGAUCAAAAAGGCCAAGAAGGUCUUUGUCCCCGAUGAGCAGAAGGAUGAAAAGUACUGGACGAGACGCAAAAAGAACAACGUGGCAGCCAAACGGUCCCGGGACGCCCGGCGCCUGAAGGAGAACCAGAUCACCAUCCGGGCGGCCUUCCUGGAGAAGGAGAACACGGCCCUGCGGACGGAGGUGGCCGAGCUGCGCAAGGAGGUGGGCAAGUGCAAGACCAUCGUGUCCAAGUACGAGACCAAGUACGGGCCCUUGUAGCCCGAGCCCCGCCCUGGCCGCGCUGCCUGCGUCUCGGCCCCUGCCUGGGGGCUCCCUGACACCCCGCACGCGUGUGGGGACUCAUGACUCGUCACGGGCAAAUGGCGACGCACCUGCUCCAGGAGCUGUCAUGUUCGAGCUUCAUCAUCCCCUGGCCGGCGCACGUGGCGACUUCCCGGGGAGCCGGCCUGCUCGCUGGCGGGGGCGUGAGAAUCGGCGCAGACCGGUGCGUCAGCCUUAGUUUCUGCUCUCGGAUGUCCCAGCGGAAUUGGAAGGGGCCUCCGGAGCACAGCGCCCCCGCUCCCCCUCAGUCUCCGCCUCCGUCUCCGCAGAGCGAGUCCGUCGUUGGCGCCCCUACGUCUUCUCAGGUAGCAGGGCGUGUUUCCGGGCAGGCCGUGUCGCAGGGCCCCUCACCUGACCCAGGAGGUCUGAGAGAAGCGUCCGUUUCCAUCUCCCUCGGAGGCAGGGAGGCACCCGGCUCCUCCGUCGUGUCUGCGUGGACGCCAGGCCACCUGCGUGGGGCUCUGCCAGCCUGGGUGGGGUCGGGGUCUGGGGCCUGCAGCGAAAGUGCGCCCCACCGUUCACAGCCCCCACACCCCUUUACUCUCGUGACUCUGGGGCCCGGAAGCCAGGGAGGAGGCGCUGGCGGUCGCUGUCUCUGCGUUUUGUCUGCUGUGAAGGGGAGGCCCCCAGGCCUGCCGGUCUCGGAGCCUGGUCACGGUGCAGAGAGCUGCCCUGACGUCGCCUCUUCUCCGGGUCACUUGUGGAGGCCGCCUGAGUCUCACUUGUCCCACUAGACUUUCUUUCCACCCAGUGACCAAUCUCAGACCUUGAAUUUAAAAGGAAAACCCCCUUGUUUAGGAAGCUUACCUUCCUGGAGGCAGGAGGCGCCUUCUGCACGGUGGCCAGGAAACCGGCCCUCGCUGCGGACAGGGAGCUGGGGGGUGUCUCCGUGUCGUCUUGUCCUGCUCUCCGAUGUGGGCCGGGCCAGAGGCCAGAGGAAAGCAGAAGAGGGCUUCCCAGUUCUUGCUUCAGGAUCCCUCCCCUGUGCAGGCUGCCAAGAGGGGACCUGCCGGGCAGGACACCCGGCCAGCGGUCACCAGGGUCGCAGCACAACUCGUGGAAUAGCAGGUUCUCUGGACAUACACAUGUGAGAGUCCCCUCAGCCUGGUCCCCAGAGACUUGGGCCCCCCACACGAACCCGGCUGUGGUAUGUGGAGGGGUCCUUGCAGCUGUGGCCUCACUACCUCACAGCUGCUUUUUCUUGUGUCCACCUGGACUUGUGUUUUUGCUCUGCCUGGGAGGUUCAUCGAAGAAAUCCGUGGAGCCCUCUGCUCGUUGUGGCCAGCUGGGGCAUCUGAAGAUGGGUGUAUUUAUUGGCUCAGGGCCAGGCAGCCUGUGGUUAAGAGGGGUCGGAGGUGACGGGCACGCUUUGUCAUGCUUACCACUGGCUUUAUUUAAAGUGGUAGCUCCAAGUCCCGACUCUGACCCCCAAAGACUUUUAUAACAUAAUAAGACCUGGGGAAGCCAUCCACUGACCGCGGACCGCACCCCAGGAGAAUGCCACGGCCCUCCGGGGACCUGCACACCCGCCUCUCCAGGGGACUCGACCAGGGUGCCUGAGGCCAAGGGAGGUCACCGCCUCCCUCCAGGCCCCUGACUUUUACUUUGUGGUUCUAUAAAACCCGUGUUCACACUUUUCACUCUAUUGUAACCACAACAGGGCAGUUGCAUCCGGCAUGUCAGUGUCCUGCCCGGGCAGCCCGCCCGCCCGGGCGCUCUCCCUCUGGUCUGGCUGUCCACCAAGAGGGCAGUCCUCAUUUUGUUAUUGGUAGAAGAGCCUCCAGCUUAAAAGCUCUUCGUUUUCUUUGGCCAGAAGUGUAUGGCUUGUGGGUCUUGUUUUAUUUUUUUUUAAAGGAUGGAGACUUAAUUUCCGGGUGGCAUCCAUGUUCUGACCCUCGUGAGUGGGACGAUGGCCUGAAGUCUCCCCCUUUUGUCCCACCCCUGCACCUUCUGCCUGUUCAGUGCCCGCCCCUUCCUUCCCCCAGGCAGCGGGUGUCUGGUUCCUUCCCGAAGUGCUUACGGGGAAAGAGUGUGGCUUCUGGCCUCUUUUAGAAAAGCCCCUUGAGCCCAGGGCCCAGCAGGGACAGGAGGGAAGUGUCCACGGGGGUGGCCGUGCUGGGGAAAGGAGUGCUCAGGGAAGUGCGCCUCCUUCCCAGGCCCAGGGGUCGGGUCCUUGCGGGAGGGGAGGGGUUGGCGCCUGUGAGUUCCGUCAGGGAGACUCCCGCCUGGCCCCCUCCGUCUCGGGGCUGGCAGCCAAAGACUGAGGCUCCUCUGCUCAAAUCUUUGACAUCUCCUAAAAAGCACUGGAGGCCAGAGAAGCCAGCGUCAGUGGCUUUACACGGGUUCGUGAUGGGCUGGGAGGCGCCAUCCCUUCCUAAGGGCCCUGUCUUCAGUUUCAUGGCAGCCUUGCUACAGCCUCUGAACAGACAAAUUGUGAAUGAGCUAGAAUGUUGCAAGAUCAUACAUACAGUAAAUGUAUAUCUAGCUGUUGAUAGGUACUUAGAGCAUUCACAAUGGCCAGCAGCCUUGCGAAGGGCCUGGGUAACUCUUACCCUUGGCCAGGAGGGGGGUUGCCUGUCUGGGGUGAGGUUGGAGAAGGCACCUAGCGACAUCGCCCUGCUGUGGCCCUGGGUGGGCAGCUCCUGCAGCCCUCCAGCCUGCAGCGGGGUGGCAGGCGCGGGAGCCAGCUGAGGAGGGCCCCCUCAUGCUGGGCAGCUCACCACCCAGGGCCCUGGGAGCCCUGGUUUUCGUGGCAGAGCCUCACCCCAGAGCUCCUUUAGCAUCUGUUAAUUAAGUGCAAUAAAUUUUUCUAGAAAAUGGUGAAGAGGAUUUCCAGGUGGAUAUUGCUCUCUUAGGGUGUUGGGGAUGCCAGAACACCACUUGGUUUUAUUUUUCUAAGUGCAUGUGAUGUGAUAGAGUGUGUGGGGGCUCCCUGUCUUCCCCUGGGAGCCGGCAUUCCAGUGAGCCCCCCUUUCCCACCUUUGUGGGGAAAGGAGGCAAGGAGAAAAUUCCUUCUUCCCAGCUGGCGAGGGCGGAAGCGGACUGUAGCCCAUUGGCCUUAUGUGCGUGUGUGCGUGCGAGUGUGUCGCUGCUGGUGGGCCGGAGUGAUGUGACGGGGAGGGAAGCUGGGAAUGUAACCUUUUCAAAACGAAAUUAAAUAUUUUGAGACGAGA